CUUGUGCCAGGUCCCGGACGGACGCGCUGCCCGCCGCUCGCUCGUGCAAAGCGGGCGCCAGCUCCCACGGCCGCGGGCGCGCUCGCUCCCCCGCGCGCUCCGCCCCGCGCGUCUCGGCUCCCGCAGAGGCGCCCUCUCGGCCGGUGACAGCACGGACGCCGCCCGCGCCGCCCGCGGCCCUGCCAUGGCUGACCUGAGCUUCAUCGAGGACACCGUCGCCUUCCCCGAGAAGGAGGACGACGAGGAGGAGGAAGAGGAGGGCGUGGAGUGGGGCUACGAGGAAGGUGUUGAAUGGGGGUUGGUCUUCCCCGAUGCUAACGGGGAGUACCAGUCUCCCAUUAACCUAAACUCCAGAGAAGCCAGAUACGACCCCUCACUGCUGGAUGUCCGCCUCUCUCCAAAUUAUGUGGUCUGUCGGGACUGCGAGGUCACCAAUGACGGACACACUAUUCAGGUUAUCCUGAAAUCGAAAUCAGUUCUUUCAGGAGGACCAUUGCCUCAAGGCCAUGAAUUUGAACUGUAUGAAGUAAGAUUUCACUGGGGGAGAGAAAACCAGCGUGGUUCUGAGCACACAGUUAAUUUCAAAGCUUUUCCUAUGGAGCUGCACCUGAUCCACUGGAACUCCACCCUGUUCGGCAGCGUGGAUGAGGCUGUGGGGAAGCCUCACGGCAUCGCCAUCAUCGCCCUGUUCGUGCAGAUAGGGAAGGAGCAUGUUGGCCUCAAGGCUGUGACUGAGAUCCUCCAGGAUAUCCAGUAUAAGGGGAAGUCCAAAACAAUACCCUGUUUUAAUCCUAACACUUUACUACCAGACCCUCUGCUUCGAGAUUACUGGGUCUACGAUGGCUCGCUCACUAUCCCGCCCUGCAGUGAAGGGGUCACCUGGAUACUGUUCCGCUACCCUCUGACCAUAUCCCAGCUACAGAUAGAAGAAUUUCGAAGGCUGAGGACACAUGUUAAAGGGGCAGAACUCGUGGAAGGCUGUGAUGGGAUAUUGGGAGACAAUUUCCGGCCCACUCAACCGCUGAGUGACAGGGUCAUUAGAGCGGCAUUCCAGUAGGCACAGAGAGCAGUAGCACGACCAUCUGCUUGGGGAGGAAGACAGUGCUUUGGUGGUGCCUCGGUGGAGCAGGGGAAGAUCUUGAGCUGCAGCUGUGAGCAUCCACACGGCCGAGUUGUUGAAUUUCAUCCGCUCCAGCUUUGAUGGACUCUGUGACAGCUGCGUACACAUGGUGUAGUGAAUACUAGCAGUGGCUGUACACUCAGGGGCAGCUCCGUAUUACAUACCCGCCCCACUGUCGCUAGCACUCGUAAUUUGCACAUACUCCUUAUUGAUUUUGUGUAGAAGAAACAAAACUAGUUUUCAGAGUGGUAAUUAAUAGGAACAUAUAUUACAUAUUAAUAUUGAUGGGAAAAAUACAUUCCCAGUGUUAGUAGUGACCAUUUCCUGCCUCCAACAGAAAAGUUAUUCAUUUGGAGUCUAGUGUAAUUUUUGAUAAUAAAAUAAGAGUUUCAAUCAAGAGCAGCCUAGAGCUUAAAAUACAAAGUGAAAGAUUAGUAAAAAUCAUGUCUCAUUAUUUUUCUGUACCUAUACCAAAAUUAAUGUCAGCCUGGUUUUCCGUGGAACACGUGUUGGGAACUAAUACAAAAGCAUAGCACUCACUUUCUAUACUUCUUAAAAGAUUUAAUUGCAUAUAUAAAUCUAAUACAUUUAAUUGACUUCUGAAGCUGUGAGUUUUAAAAAUAUGAGAAAGGUGAAGGAAAUAAAUAAGAUAAAAAGAAGGUAGUUACAACAUAACAGGAAUAACUUUAUUUUCCACAAAUAGAAAUACAAGUUUAAUAGCAUCCUAUGUGAAUUUAGUGCUACUCACUUUGUAAGAGUUUAAAAUAUUCUAUCUUAUAGAUCACACUUCUUUGGUAUGCUAAGAAUUUCUUUCAAUGAUGUCCAACAACAUCGUUAUCUGAAUUCAUUUUAAGUGCUCCUAGGAAAUAUAAAAUAUUUAGUUGCAGAAUGAAAUAAUUUAUGUAAAGUAGUAGAGUGCCUGGCACAACGCAAGUAAUUAAUAAAUAUUAUUUGUUGUUAUAA